AGGGAACUGAAACGACGCGCUACGACAUGGGCCCUUUCUGGUUCAUCCUACCACUGCUCCUCAGCUGCCAGGUGAAGGCUGGCAGUGUGGCCGGGAGUUUUUGGAAGAAUCUCCGAAAUGGUUCACAUCCGGAAUACCCUGCAGAAACUUCCUUUCACAACGAAGCUGACAUGAUGCUAACGUCGGAACAAGAGGCGAUCCUUCACGGCAAAAGAGCAGCGGGCGAUCUCACCACGCUCUGGGAGGAUGUUGAUGGAUUUCCUCUCAUACCCUUUACGUUUACUGACCAUGAAGUGGAUCGCACCCCUGUGCAACUCGCCAUCCACGUCUGGCAGGCCAACACUUGCAUCCACUUCCUCGAGGUGCAGACUGACUACGUUGGGCCGCAUCUGCGCUUCCAGAGGAACGGCGACGCCUGCAUGUCAAACGUCGGGAGAAGCUCGUCGAUGGGCCAAGACGUCUACAUUUCCGAGGCGUGCGAGAUGAGUCACGGGAUGUUGCUGCGUAUUCUCGGGCACGCGAUAGGCAUAUGGAACGAGGAGAUGCGCUCUGACCGAGACUCUUACAUCAGGAUCCUCACCGAUAAUGUGUUGGAGGACAGUCUAGAGUUCUUCUUGAUUAAUGCUGAUGAUACUCAUGGCAUCCCUUACGAUUACUGUUCCAUUAUGCACAGCCACGAAAGGAUAUACACCGGAAAUGGCGAGGGGACCAUAGCAACACUGGACCCACUGUACAAAUCUUCUAUCGGCCAAUCACAGAAACUUUCUCACCUGGAUAUGCUGCAAGCAAACAUGAUGUAUCAGUGUUCAGAUAAACGACUAAGUGCAUGUUCAUUGGCCAGUGACCCUUGCGUUAACCAUGGCUUUCUUAAUAGGUCCUGCAUUUGCGUGUGUCCAGGAGGCACAAGUGGAGACUUCUGUGAGACGAUAACUAGUACCAAUCACGGGAACUGCUUGAUGCCGUUAUCAGAAAUCAUCACGGAGCCUACCACGAUCGUCUCACCGUCGGUAUAUGGAUCUCUACGGGAAGACCCUACAGAGAUCCGAUUUUCGAAGUUCAUUCAGGCGCCAGACAAUCAUGUCAUUGUGUUAACAUUUGACGAAUUCGACAUCUACCCGAGGACGCAGCACUACGUGUCCGAGGGUGUGGCAGUGGACAUGUGUUGGUACGACAGUCUGGAACUAUGCCUGGACAAUUUGUACGACGGAGAGUGGUACUGUGGUACGGAGCUUCAGGGCCUGAACAUGACGUCGGUCGGGAAUUCAGUGUCCUUGCACUUCCUGUCACGACUGAAUUUUAUGUCCGGAUUCAGUGUCACAGUCAACUUCGUGGAGAUGAUGACUCCGCCCGAGGAGCAGUGCACCCUCUACAUCUUCCACGGCGAAGACGAGACCACGUUCACGGCCAUGCACUGGUAUACCCCAAACCAUCCGGACAACUACAUGGACGACAGCCAGUGCCUGCUCGGGCCCGGCUCGGAGACUGCAGUUGGGCGAACUUUGAUGACGGUGCAGGAGUUUGAUUUGGCUGACGGGGAUCAGCUGAUCAUAGAGAACUCCUACACUGAGCCAACGGUGUAUGAAGGACUACUCCCGGGAGACUUGAUUGAGAUUCCAACUCUCUACUUCACUGCCACCUUCAACUCCGAUUCUGCCGUGACGGGCACAGGGUUCUGGCUGACGUUCGAAUCAGAAGUCCCGGGAUGCUACAAGAAUCUUAUUGCAAUGAGUGAGGAGGCGGUUAUAAAGAGCCCUCGAUAUCCAGACUCACCUCCUCCACCGGGAAAGCAAUGUGAAUACAGAAUUAUGACACAAGAUCCGGCGAUGCGAGUCCUUGUUACCCUGUCCGUAUUCAGCGUCAGGGAUCCGAGCUUCAUAGCCAUCAACCUAGCCGGCGACGCCCUGUACAAUUCUACCAAUGUGAUUAAGCUUCAGAAACCAGUUGAUGCCGUUGAAUAUUUUUCAUUCGGAAAUGUUGUCAGGCUGUUCUUCCAGGGAUCCAAAAACGUUGGUGGUUAUAAGAUCCGAUACAGGCAGAUUGCCAUGUAAUCAUUAUUCUAUUUUUUCUUGAAGAGAUGCUGUGGUUUAUUUCCUUAACUUACUUGGUCAGUAUUCCCUUCAUUCUUAAUAAAGUGUGAAAAAUAAA